UUUCUUUUUUAGUAAACAACCAUGGAGGCUACAGCUUCAUCGUCUUCGCAAGGCAAUAAUGAAGGUGAAUUUGUCUUACCAAAGACAAAAUCAAGGAAAAGAAAACAGCCAGAUAUGGACACAUCCGAUAUAUCAAAUCCUUCAUCAAAACGACCUCUUUUCAAACCACUGAAAGCGGUUGCUGGAGCUGGGUCCAAAGGAGAAGUCAGAAGGAUUCCUGUGCCACCUCACAGAUACACACCUCUUCAGAAAGACUGGCUCAAAAUUUUCACUCCUAUUGUGGAAAAUUUGAAGUUGAAUGUUCGUUUUGUGGCUAAGAAGAGACAAGUGGAAAUAAAGCCUGGCAAAGAGACAGAUGAUAUUGGGGCUUUGCAGAAGGCAGAAGACUUUGUGAAAGCUUUCAUUGUGGGUUUUGAUGUUGAUGACUCCUUGGCAUUGCUUCGUCUUGACCAUCUGUAUUUAGAGAGUUUUGACGUCACUGAUGUGAAACCUCUGAAAGGUGACCACUUAGCUCGUGCCAUCGGCCGACUGGCAGGGAAGAAUGGCAAGACGAAAUUCACGAUAGAGAAUGUCACCACGACAAGAAUCGUGUUGGCGGACAGUAAGAUUCACAUCUUGGGCUCAUACCAGAAUAUCCAGAUAGCUAGGAGAGCUAUCUGCAGUUUAAUCCUUGGAAGUGCUCCCAGCAAAGUCUAUGGCCAAAUGCGAACUGUGGCAUCAAGGUCGGCUAACAGAUUGUAGCGAUGAUAUACUCGAGGAAUAAACUUGUACAUAGCAACCUA